AUGGACAGUGAUCCUGACUCACCACCUGCCUCUCCUCCGACUGAAACAGCUGCCUCAUCAAUUGUGAAUCUCUUUUUCAAUGAAGUUAACAAACAAGAUGUCAGUGGGUUACUUCAUGUUCAGAGCUCGUUAUUGGAACAGUUGGAUAAAUCCAAUGAAAUUCUGGAAGGAAUUAAUAGAAUCUCGGCAAAGCGGUAUUUGGAUGCGACAAGAGAGUACGCGAAUCAUACGCAAUUGCUAAUGACAAUGAAAACGGAUUUAGAUUCGAUUUUCCAACGAAUCAGAGUAUUGAAAACUCGAUUGAAUAAAAAGUAUCCUGAAGCUUAUGCGUCUGUGAUUGAAAUGCAUAAUCAACAUGAUUCUCUUGAUGAUGAAGAUGAUGAUAUUGUUCCGCCAAUGAAAUCCAUGGGUAAUUCAUCGCUUGUGAAAUCGAAAACAAUUGAUUGUUCUCAAUUGCCACCGUCGAUGCGAGAGACGUACAGUUUAGCUCAAAUAAGUCAAACAACCGUGGAUCAAUCUCCAAGUUCGUUCGAUACUGUGCGGCGUUUCGUCUAUGAUAAAUCUUCAUCAGGUGGACAAGAAUUAAGUUCACUAUUCAAAACUGCUCGUGAUGAAUUGAGGAAAAUUAACGAAGGAAAACAUCGUUCGAAAGUAAUCAAUGGCAACAGCAUCGAAUAUAGACGAUCUUUUACAAUGUCCGAUCUGUCUGGAUCAUCCAUAACUCGUCAACAAGGCUCGACAAACGCCGUUGAUUGUCCAACAUGUCGUUCGCGAACUAAUUUGAUAAAUAAUUCCAUCGACAGUCUUCCGGGAAAUUACAUUGUCCGUGAUAUAAUUGAAAGACAAUACGGUACAACAACACCGGAGCGUCCACCUGGUUAUGCUCAACAGAUUCAAGAUCGACUACAGCAAAUGAAAAAAGAAGAAGAUGGUUUCGAUCUGGAGAAAUACGUGAAACCAGCUGUAGCUGCGCUAUUUGGAGUCAUCGGCGGCUUAUUAUUAGCGAAAGGUGUGAAGAAAAUGUGUAAUGAUGAUAAAAAAUAA